AUUGGAAAAUGUCGAGAAAACAAAAAAAAACGAAAUAGCCAACCUUAAAAUUCGUUAUGAAAAGCAAAUUGACGUUGUUAAUGUGGAAUUGCAGUCUCUACAGAAUCAGUUAUUCAGAUUCAAAAGAGAGAAAGAUACAUAUAAGCAUAUGUUGGAAUCAGCUCAGAAAACCAUGGGAAAUUUAAAACAAGCUUCAAAUACAGUCGAAGUAGGCAGUGAGAAUUCUAUUCAGGAAGAGCUUAAAGAGUAUAGAUCUAAAGUAGCAGCGCUAGAAGAACAAAUAAGUUGCAUGGAAGAUGAAUUUUCGGAAUCAAAAUUGGAAUGUUCCAAAUUGAAAACGGAAUUGAUAUCUGAACGCUCAUCUUGGGAAGUUAAAAUAUCUGAGCUGCAUUCGAAAGUUAAUGAGUUAGAAGAAGAAAAGGUUCUCAGCAGUGGCCGCACAAAAAUAAUGGGAUUGAGAACCAAAAUGGAGUUAGCUUGGCAGAGAGAAAGGGAAGAACAGCAGAGGUUACUUCAAGAAACCGCCACUUUAGCUAGAGAUUUACGUCAAACUCUUUUUGAAGUUGAAAGAGAAAGAGAAAAAGAACGGUUAGAAUCUAGAAGAAAAUUAGAUCAACUGAAAAAAAUUCUAGAAGAAGAGCAGGAACAGAACAAACAGAAAUUGUCUGAACUGCGAUAUGAUUUAUUCGAAUUAGGGAAUGCUCAUGCCAAAUUGAGAACUACCAAUGACAACGAAUAA